UCAGUCACUGCUAAGAAUAAACCUUUCAGCAUCAAGGCUGUGUCAACCCCAAACACUCCAGGAACUACAUUGGGAAGAUGACCCACUAGAAUGACCUCACUCAGGAGUCUAUAUAAGUUAGAGUAAGCAGGCUACUGUGGAAUUGGAACGUUGAUGAAGGAGUCUACUAACUCUGUGCUCGGUUAAGUGCUGCCACCAUGUCACAGCCAGCUCCUGUGAAAAAGAAACGUCCUCCAGUGAAAGAGGAAGAUCUCAAAGGAGCUAGAGGAAAACUCUCUAGCAACCAGGAAAUCAAAUCCAAAACCUACCAAGUCAUGAAGCAGUGUGAGCAAGCUGGCUCUGCUGCGCCAUCCGUAUUCAGCCGAGAUCGCACAGGAGGGGAAACGGUCUUUGAUAAGCCCAAAGAAGAGCCUCCAAAGAGUGUCUUUGGCUGACUGCCAAGUUCAAGAUCUGUGAUGAAUACUCAUGGCCUCCUUCACCCCUCCUUUUGCUUUCACAUACUCCAGUCUUACUACUGCACUGUUAACUUAAUUCCUUUAAUUAUUAACUAACCCAAGAAACUGCAUUGAAAGAUGCCACUUCUUUUUUAUAUAUAUACUCACAGAGAGACAUGUUAUGGACUUUUUUUUACCCCUCAGCUGUGGAUGAUGGAGACAGGGUGCAGGCUGGUAGCAUAAUGACCAACUUUGUUACACUCAUACAUGAUUCUUCUCUUUAAAUAUAUGUUCCAGAAUGGUAUCCCAGUUCCAAUUGUGUUGAUACUUUUGUGAUUUAAACCAAUAAAAGCAUGGUGGUUUUGA